AUGUUCGGCCAUGGAACAGAUGAGGAUCUCCAAGACAAGGUGUAUAUCCUUGUCACCGGUGCAAACAGUGGUCUCGGAUUCUCGAUAUGCUGCCGUCUAGUGGACGAAUUCCUAAGCUCCCCCCAGCGCGCAAACCAGUCCCUAACCGUCAUCUUCACCACCCGAAGUCCCAAAAAGGGAAAUGACACCCGCCGUCGCCUGCAAGAUCAUCUCCGCAGCACCUCCGCAACACCCUCCCCCACCACAAGGGUAACCUUCGUCUCGGAGAGCGUAGACCUUAACAACCUCGUCUCUGUCCGUGCCCUCUCUCAACGCCUGAAUGAAGAAUACCCCAAACUCGACGCCAUCGUGCUCAACGCCGGUAUCGGCGGUUGGACAACCCUGAACUGGCCGAAGGCAGUCUGGGGCGUCCUCACAGACAUCGUCCACGAAGUCACCUGGCCCUCAUACAAGAUCGCCCCCGUCGGCAUGGUAACAGACUAUCAGACGACGACGCUCGCCGACCAAGAGCCCCGCCUGGGCUCCGUCUUCUGCGCGAACGUCUUCGGCCACUACAUGCUAGCGCACAAUGUGAUGCCACUGCUCCGCCGGUCGGGCCAGCCUAACGGCCCCGGCCGCAUCAUCUGGGUAUCAAGUAUAGAGGCGACGGUGAAGUUGUUCGAUAUCGAGGACCUCCAGGGCCUGCGGACGAAGGCGCCCUACGAGUCGUCCAAGGCGUUGACUGAUCUCUUAGCCUUGACGGCUGACCUUCCCAGCACCGCACCGUUCGUGAAGAGCUUCUACUCAGUGGAUGAUAAUCGCACCAAGAGUGGGUUUGGUCGGCCUCGCGUCGCGAAUGACGAGUUCUCCGCCCCCAAGAUGUACCUCUCUCACCCUGGAAUCUGUGGCACAGGUAUCAUUCCGCUUUCUUGGCCGCUCUUUUACUCAAUGAUUGUUGCUUUCUUCUUUGCUCGGUUGCUGGGUUCCCCUUGGCACUCUGUCUCGACUUACCUUGGUGCCUGUGCGCCCGUGUGGCUGGCGUUGUCCGCUCAGUCUAUCCUGGAUACGGCUGAAUCGGCGUACCGGCAGUAUGGCGGUGGCAGGGUGAAAUGGGGCUCUUCCUGCAACUGGCGUGGAAAGGAUAGCCCGUUAUCUACUGAAGUUGAUGGGUGGGGGCAUGCUGGUGUUGUUGGUCCUGCUGUUGUGGGUGAGGAUCGGUGGCGUCGGCGCAAAAGAGGCGCGGUGGAUCUCACGGCGGAAGACAAGGUGGAGUUUGAAGAGCUAGGGAGAAAGUGCUGGCAAAAGAUGGAGGAGUUACGAAUCGAAUGGGAUAAACUUCUUGAUUUGGCUGAGGUACGGCCAGAUGAUUUUGGUCUGGGAUUCUAG